AGAGAGAGGGAGAAAGCAGACGCUGCUGCUGCUGCUGCUGCUGCUGCUGCUGUGUCCGUGGCUACCCACCGCAGUUUUCCGGUCUCCUUCUAUCCUCCCGGUUUUCCUUGGAUACCUAUCGGAUGCUAUCCUUUCCUCGACACGCCAGCAUCUCUGCUUUCAAUGCCAGUCGUUGGGAAUGAUUUCCGUGUGUCGCUCGCUGUGAAUUGUCGGCAUUAAUAGGGGAGGGGAAGCGAGAAGAGCGUUGUUCUUCUGGACGUUAUUCGAAGUAAUGCCAGUACCAGACCAUCUCUCUGACACAGAGAACUCCAGCAUGUUGAGCCCGGUACUGAACGCCUCAAACGGAGAUGGAUCCGAGACGGAGACCACCUCUGCCAUCUUGGCCUCUGUUAAAGAACAGGAGCUGCAAUUUGAGCGACUGACGAGAGAGUUGGAGGCUGAGAGGCAGAUUGUUGCCACUCAGCUGGAGAGAUGCAAGCUGGGAUCUGAGACCGGAAGCAUGAGCAGUAUCAGUUCUGCAGAUGAAAAGUUUCGCUGGAACAACCAAGACGGACAGAAGGAUAUAGAGGAGGAACUGACCACAGGUCUGGAACUUGUAGAUUCCUGCAUCCGAUCUCUUCAAGAAUCUGGUAUUCUGGAUUCACAGGAAUUCACUGCAGGCGAAAGACCAGGCAUCCCCUCUCAGAGUGCUUUGCAGCUCAAUAAUCAAGAGGGCACCUUUCCCUAUCCAGUCAGUUACCAUAGCAACCAGACUCUGGCCCUCGGCGACCUGUCGGCCUCCCAGCCUCCUCGCAGUGGUCAGGUGGGAGGAGCGUUACAUAGUUAUAAUCAGGUGACGUCUAAUCGUGUUGCCCAGCUGGCUGCCAGAGAGACAGCCGCCCGGGCCCAUUCUCGAGACUCCUUUGCCCAGAGUCAUGGCAGUGCAUUCCACAUGCCUGACGAUCAGCCAGCAGCCCCUGUAAACUAUUCCUGCUCCACUCUACCAGCCCAGCGAGUGAGCUCUCCCUUUUCCAUGCAGGCUUUGGGCUCCCCAUCCAAACUGCAGAGGCUGGGCUCAGCCUCCGACAUGCCCAGCUACGCCACUCUGGCGCGGGUGUCGUCACCCAAGCAGUCCCCGAGCCGGCUGGCCAAGUCCUACAGCACCAGCUCUCCCAUCAACAUGGUGGCGGGAGGAGGGUCGUCCUCUUCACCACUGCACAUGGCCGGACCGGGCAAUGCCUCCAGCUCGUCUCCACUACACCAGCUCAGCGCUGCAGUGGGAAGCUAUGCCACUCUGUCCCCCACCAAGCGUAUGCUCCACACCACCGAUCAAUACAAGAUCUCUCACGAUCUGUACGCCAACGCCACCCUCCAGAGACCCGGCAGUCUGGCAGGUUCCAGGGGUUCGUACAGCAGUCAGCACAGUCACCUGGGCUCGGAGUUCAGACCCCUGCAGUCUCCUGAGCACCACAUCGACCCCAUUUAUGAGGAUAGAGUCUAUCAGAAAGCACCCCUGAGGAGCUUCAACCAAGGCCAGGAUCCAAAGAACCGCUUUUGUGACCAGGUCCUGAACCUUCUGCUCUGUCCCUACUCUCCUGUUGUAGCCCCUUCCUCUCCUGGUGUUGACUCCAUACCCUUGCAGCGCACAGGAAGCCAGAACGCCACAGGAACAUUCCCCCGUGCCGGCUAUGCCACUGGCCCUGGUGCCUCAACCGCCGACUAUGCCAACCCCUACCGUACACUACAGUUCUGCCCCUCCACAGACUCACCCUACAGCAAAUCGGGACCUGCUCUGCCCCCGGAGGCAACGCUGGUCAGGUCGCCCUCUGUGGACAGCAUCCAGAAGGACCCCAGGUACGACCCUGAAUUCCUUGUCUGGAAUCAAAAUCAAGCCGAGCAAAGAAUGACAAAGGAAUUUGGCUGGAGGGAUCCUGAACUGCCGGAGGUCAUCCAAAUGCUGCAGCACCAGUUUCCAUCGGUACAGUCCAACGCUGCCGCCUACCUCCAGCACUUGUGCUUUGGAGACAACAAGAUCAAAUCAGAGAUACGGAGGCAGGGUGGGAUCCAGCUGCUGGUGGACUUGCUGGAUCACCGUAUGACAGAUGUGCACAGGAGCGCCUGUGGCGCACUCAGGAACCUGGUUUACGGCAAGGCCAACGACGACAACAAGAUCGCCCUGAAGAACUGCGGUGGGAUCCCUGCACUUGUGCGGCUCCUGCGCAAGACAACAGACGUGGAGAUCAGAGAACUGCUCACAGGUGUGCUGUGGAACUUGUCCUCGUGCGAUGCUCUGAAGAUGCCCAUAAUUCAGGAUGCUCUGGCAGUGCUGACCAACACAGUCAUUAUUCCUCACUCGGGCUGGGACACCUCGCCCCACCAGGACGACCGCAAGCUGCACCUGCAUUCCUCACAGGUGCUCCGCAAUGCUACCGGGUGCCUCAGGAAUGUGAGCUCAGCCGGAGAAGAGGCCCGCCGCAGGAUGAGAGAGUGUGAGGGACUGACUGAUGCGCUGCUCUAUGUCAUCCAGACAGCCCUGGGCACCAGUGAGAUCGACAGCAAGACCAUCGAGAACUGCGUGUGCAUCCUGCGGAACCUGUCGUACAGGUUGGCGGCAGAGACGUCUCAGGGGCAGCAGAUGGGAUCGGAGGAGCUGGAUGGGGUUCUGUGCACCGAUGCCAGCGGGAAGGAUGCGGAGAGCUCCGGCUGCUGGGGCAAGAAGAAAAAGAAAAAGAAGAGCCACGAUCAGUGGGAUGGUGUCGGGCCUUUCCCAGACUCUAGUGACCCUCCGAAGGGACUGCAGAUGCUGUGGCACCCGUCCAUAGUAAAACCAUACCUCACUCUACUGUCUGAGUGCUCGAACCCGGACACAUUGGAGGGAGCGGCUGGGGCUCUACAGAAUCUGGCAGCGGGUAGCUGGAAGGUAGGCCCCACCUUAAAACCUUGGUCGGUGUACAUCCGUGCGGCGGUUCGGAAAGAGAAAGGACUGCCCAUUCUGGUGGAGUUGCUGAGAAUAGACAAUGACCGGGUGGUUUGCGCCGUGGCCACAGCUCUCCGAAACAUGGCCCUUGAUGUCAGAAACAAGGAGCUCAUAGGCAAGUAUGCCAUGAGGGAUCUGGUCCAUCGUCUACCGGGUGGCAACAAUAACAACAGUACUGGCACCAGCGGCGCCAGCAAGAGCAUGUCCGAUGACACCAUCACGGCGAUCUGCUGCGCUCUGCAUGAAGUCAUCACCAAGAACAUGGAGAACACCAAGGCUCUUCGUGACGCCGGCGGCAUUGAGAAACUCAUCGGCAUUGCCCGCAGCAAAGGAGACAAACACACACCGAAGGUGGUGAAGGCGGCAUCCCAAGUCCUCAACAGCAUGUGGCAGUACAGAGAUUUGCGAAGCCUCUAUAAAAAGGACGGCUAUUCUCAGUAUCACUUCGUUGGCUCUUCAUCUACAAUUGAGAGAGACAGACAACGACCAUAUUCCUCCUCUCGCACUCCAUCUAUCUCUCCUGUGCGGACCUCGCCCAAUAAUCGAUCAGCAAGUGCCCCCACCUCCCCUCGAGAAAUGAUGAGCUUGAAGGAGAGGAAGACAGACUAUGAGUCAACUGGAACCAAUUCUGGUUACCAUGGAAACAAGGGCGAGCACACCUCCAGAAAAGACGCCAUGGCAGCCCAAAUCUCCAGUGGAACAUCUACACUGUUCAGAGGUGCUUACAUGUCUCCUGGUGAUGACAUCAAGCAUAACCAGGUCUCGGCUCAAGGCAACCCUCCAGAGGCCUACCCUCCCUUCCAGACUCCCCCAGGAGCCAACUUCGAGGAGCCGUACUACGAGGACCAAGCGCAUACACGCCCCCCACCCGCCGCUGACGGCACCAUGCAUCUGGGACUGAAGUCCACGGGGAACUACGUGGACUUUUAUUCGGCAUCCCGCCCGUACAGUGAACUCAACUAUGAGACGAGCCACUACCCUGCCUCGCCGGACUCCUGGGUGUAGAGGCACAGAGGCAGGCUGGAGGCUGGCCUAUGGACACCAUUACACAGGGACCAGCCCAGCAUGUGCAUGAACACUAGUAGACAUCUCACACACGUAAACCUUCUGUUCGGUUCACUGCUCGCACCACAGUGGGCUGCCACUCGGCCGAUGAGCGAGGUUAGGAAAGUGCUUGAAGAGAGAGGAUUUAGGAGGGAAGCUCAUGUGUUUUACAGAAAGGACCACUUGAACUUUGGUGUUUUUGCAAAGCGGUGGAGGGAAUCGACAUGUAAAUGAGAAAGUGGAAAAUAUGUGGCACAGAGAUGGGACAGUUACGUGAAGCACAAGAAAACGACAUUUGACACAAGCUAAGGAAGUAGUUUUCACACAUUUUUGACAUUUCUUUAUGUUAAACCAUGCUUUUUAUGGAGUGCUCCGUUACACUCUUAGCCUUUCUAUCUUUUUUCGGUUUCUUUUUAUUAUUUGCUUGUUUUUGUACCUCCUUUUUAACUUCUUAAGUCCGGUGUAAAGUACUUGUUGUAUAUUACAGAUGUAGAUACAAGGUGCGUUGUGUAUAUUACGCAGAGACUACUGUGUCCUCCCAUGUGGCUCAAUAUAUCAUUUUAUUUUCCUGUAUUUUAAAAGAGAGGAAAAUACACUCACUGAACUCCAGUGUCCUGUUCGAUGGGUAAGAAAUGCAACAGAAAGCAUAUUAAGAAGUGUCGUUUGCUUUAAUGUGUCCCCCCCCCCA